UCUCUCCUCCAUCUGGUGACAUCACUUCCUCCCCAGUGCAGCCUGUAGAGGUCAGUCAGUCCUCCAUCCUCUGGGGAGCGCUGUGUACAUUGUGUGUUCCCGGGGGAAGGGGGAAGGAAGCGCACACCUCUGAUCUGAGAGGAAAUCUGAGACUGUGUUCUAUGACAUGACUGGGAUUCAGAUGUAGAAGAACCAAGACCGAGCAAAGAGAUGGCGGAGAGAUUGAGAGAAGCCUUCAAAGGAAUGUUGGAGAGAAAGAAAAGAAGUAACAACCCCGACAUCAGGAGGUUCCGCCGCCGGCUGUCUGCAUACGAUGAUCCAUCACUGAGGAGAAUAUAUGAGUAUUAUAGAGAUGAUCUGAUCUACAUCCUAGAGAACAUGGAUCCUCAUACUGUUCUGGUAGAACUAAAAUUUUGGAAUGUCUUAAACACAAAGAAAUACACAUCAAUGGAAAAAGACCCGUCUUCCUUCUCUCGUACCUUGUUACAAGAUAUUCAGGAUCGGGGAAGAAAAGCUGUGAUUGGACUCUGGGAAUGUCUCCAUGCACUACAGAAAGAUCAUCCUCAUCCUAAUUUAUUGGCCAUUCUGGAUGAGAUCACACAGACAGGUAAGGAUCUGCCGAAUCAGAUCCUACUGGAUGAACUCGGACAUUCCCUGACUCCGGAGCUGAGAGAAAUUCAGGAAAAGCACAAACACCAUCUGAUGGAGAAGACUGAGACUCUAGUGGAGCAUAAACCCCCAGGAACUACCCUGGAGCCACAAACAUUCCUCAUCAAUGAGCGUUAUGUGAACCUGAUUGUAGUCUCCACUGAUCAGUUCAGGGAACGUCCCCAGAAUGAGCUAAUACAGACCGGGGUAAAACAUGAGGAAUGCUUGAAGGAAACACAGACAGGACUGGAACACAUUUCCCCCAACAAGCUGUUCAGAUGGAACCCCCAGUCACAUUGUGUACCACGUGCAGUAAUGGUGAGCGGAGUGCCAGGAAUAGGGAAGACCACACUGAUGCAGAAGUUUGUCUAUGACUGGGUGACCGGAAAACUCUACCAGAGAUUUUCCUUUCUCCUCUUCUUCAGAUUCCGGGACCUUAAUAGACUGGGAGAGGUCAGCUUGGAGGAGAUGAUUCUUCAUCAAUAUCCAUAUCUGGAGAGUCAGAUUGGAGAUAUUUUACAAGAUCCAGAGAGACUUCUGUUUAUAUUUGAUGGAUUAGAUGAAAGUAUUCACCAAGUGAAUUUCAGAUCAAGUAAACUGUCCAAUCCAAAGCAGAGAUCACAUUUUGGUGAGAUUGUGGACAGUUUGGUGAGGCAGAGUCUUCUUGAGGGUUGCUCUGUACUGAUAACAAGCCGCCCAACCAGACUGGCAUCAGUUGAUACCGGUGUUUUCCAGAGAAUAGCUGAGAUCAUGGGAUUUCUCCAUGAAGACAGACGGAUCUUCUUUAAUAAUUUCUUUGGAAAUGAGGAAUUGUCAGAAAAGGCUUUUCAUCAUUUACAGGAGAAUGACACGCUGUACACUUUCUGUUAUAUCCCAUCAUACUGCUGGAUCAUCUGUACAGUGUUAUCAAUGUGCUUCAGAGCCCAACCAAUCACUGAUCAGCUGAUGACAUCAUUACCCAAAACAGUGACACAACUCUUUGUGACUUUUGUCUCCAACAUUCUGGCCAAUCACAGCCAGAAUAAAGAUGGUGGUCACACUGACCGUGAUCUGCUGACCUCUAUUGGGCGGAUGGCAGAACAUGGAGUUAUGAAUCACAUGAUUGUAUUUGAUAAGCGUGAUCUGGAGUCGUUCAGUGUGAGAAAUGAUAAUCAUCUCUUUUCAUCUUUCAUGAUGGAAUCUGGUCAGCCUCCUGAUGUGGAUUACACCUUCUUACAUCUCACUCUUCAGGAGUUUUUUGCUGCUUUAGUCCAUUUUAUUAACUAUAAUGCUGACAGAUUACAGAAAACACUUGAUGAUGGUGAAUCUUAUGAAGACGGUCGUGCUAAAAUAUUCCUCCGUUUCCUCUGCGGUCUCUCAGACUCUUCUACUAGAUCCUUGUUAAAGUCUCAUGGGGGAGAAUUGUCUACUCAGGCUGCCAGACAUGUCAUCACCUGGAUCCAGAAGAAAUUACCAGAACAAACACCUGACAAAUCCAUAAGAGGCAGCACAGAGUUUCUUAAUGUAUUCUACUAUCUCUAUGAGAGCAGGAAUAAGGCUCUGGUGUCACAAUGUAUUGGAUUAAAGAAAGUUGACUUUUCUGAGGUCCCCCUCAGCCCUCUGGACUGCUCUGUGCUGUCUUUUAUCCUUCAAUCCUGCAGAGACACAGAAGAAGUAAAUCUAAGUUCAUGUAAUAUUCAGAGUGAAGGAUUGAGGAAAUUUAUACCGGCUCUACACAACAUCAAGAGCUUAGGAUUGUCCUCUAAUUACCUGACAGACAGUUCCUGCCCCCACCUGACAUCUGGAAUAAGAAAUAACCAGACACUGAGGACACUGGACCUUUCUGAUAACAAUCUGAAGGGUCCUCAUUUCAGGGAUCUGAUGAAAGCUCUGACAACAAGCCGGAUAGAGGAAUUACGAUUGUCCUCUAAUCACCUGACAGACAGUUCCUGCCUCCACCUGACAUCUGGAAUAAGAAAUAACCAGACACUGAGGACACUGGACCUGUCAUAUAACAAUCUGAAGGGUCCUCAUUUCUGGGUUCUGAUGACAGCUCUGAAAACAAGCCAGAUAGAGGAAUUACAAUUGUCCCGUAAUCACCUGACAGACAGUUCCUGCCCCCACCUGGCAUCUGGAAUAAGACAUAACCAGAAACUGAGGACACUGGACCUGUCUGUGAACAAUCUGGAGGGUCCUGAUUUCAGGGAUCUGAUGGAAGCUCUGACAACAAGCCGGAUAGAGGAAUUACAAUUGUCCUCUAAUAACCUGACAGACCGUUCCUGCCGUCACCUGACAUCUGUAAUAAGAAAUAACCAGACACUGAGGACACUGGACCUGUCUGAUAACAAUCUGGAGGGUCCUCAUUUCAGGGAUCUGAUGGAAGCUCUGAGAACAAGCCGGAUAGAGGAAUUACAGAUCAGGGGCUUCCCCUUGUCAAAGAAAACAAGAAGAGAACUAAAAAAUCUGGAAAAGUUCCAACCAGAAAUUAAGAUUUAUAGAUGAAUCCCCCUGGAGGAAGAGACUCAGCUACAGCUGUGAAUGGAAGUGGGGAGAGGGGACAUUGCUGUGAAUGGGGGA